AUGGUUAGCUAUAGUAACUACUCUUAUAGCCUCGAAAACCUGGAUGUUUUCAAAUGGGAAGGGUCAUGGGAACUCACUGCAUAUGAUGCUUCUAGCAUUAAUGAGGUUGGGGUAAUGGCUUGGACACAGGACCUGACAGCCAAUGUAACCUUCACUUUUCCUGCACCAGCUAAUGCUUUCUACUAUUAUGGCAUACCUCGCUGCUGUGGGGCAUUGUAUGCAAUAUGUAUCGACUGUGAUCCCGAAAGUUCCAAAUUCGAGAAGAUCAACGCUGUCAACAGCACUGACGAUGGUAAAAAUCCUCCGUUUAUUAAGGUUUCUGAUAUAAAGAAGAAAGACCAGACUCGAGCAGUUGGUAUUGUGAGCACAGGCAAACUAGAAGCGACUUGA